AUGAGCUCUACCAUAGACCAUGCCAUUUCGAAGUUACAUUUAUUCAAAGGAGUCAAAAAUCAAUCGGGUUCUGCGUUGAACAAAUUCUGUGCAUGGAAAACUUCUCCGACGGGGUUCCUGAAACUAAAUGUAGAUGGUGCGAUAUUUCAUCACCUUCACAAAGCUGGAGUUGGUAGUGUCCUAAGAGGCCAAGAAGGAAAAGUGCUUAUGGCUGCCUCUAAAGGAGAAAGGGAAGUGGCUAACCCAGAAACGAUAGAAUUCCUUGCGGUACUUCGAGGGCUCCAGUUUGUUUUAUUCAUGGGUAUUUCACACUUGGUCCUUGAAUCAGAUUGUCUUCUCGUUGUCUCACAACUCAAUGAUGCGGAAUCUAUUACCCUGUCUCCUUGGGGUUCCAUUAUCUCAGACAUCAGACGUCUUUUGCUUGCUUUUUCUGAUGUCAUUAUAUGUCACGUGAUAGACUAG